UUCAGCGUGUGUCGGGAUUUUUCGUGCUGCGGUUAAAUAAUAAAAUGGGGAAAACGUCGAGAAAACCUACACAGAAACGAGCAGCCAAAAAAUCCACGAACAAAAACGUCCGGAAUGAAGCGAAAACUAAAAACUUGGAGUUUUUGUUGGAUCCUGAACAGCCGAGACCAUUGCAAAUUCGGGCCGUGCCAAUCCAAAAGUGGGCCCACGAAAAAGAAACAUCUGUAGCACCAGUUCCAGCAACGAUACAGCCGCCAUCGGAAGCAAGAACACAACAUGCAGAAAAAUCCGCAGUCAGAGUCCCGUUGAUCGAUAUGGACGAUGAUCACAACAAGCAUCUGCUGGACAUCCGAUCUAACCUACUACGGGAUUGGAAUUCAGAUACGGAAAGCGAUGUAGAUGACAGUAGCGUGAGCAUUGAACUGACCGAUUCUGCGAAAGUGGUAGGAAGGGCUAAAGGUAACUCAUUGGCUCGUGUUGACAAAGAAGCUCCUAUCAUAAAAAGUUACACAGCAAGACCGGUUUCGAAAGGCGAACCAACGCGAACCACAGAGCCCAGUCAAAAGUCAUUCCCUAAAUACAAGAAAACUUAUAUUAGCAGCAGCGCAGCAAUUUCGACGGUUGUACGUUCAGACAUCGAUAUGUCCGAUACGGAUCAUGAUUUGAUCAGCGAGUGCCCUUUUGAGAUGAGAGCACCUUUACCAGCUUCUAUGACAGAGCAAUCAGCCGGUGUUUGUAAACUCAAACGUUUGAACGAAGAAAGCAACAUCCGUUGCAUUUCGUUAACUGAUUCGUUAAAUGCAAAAGUGCAUGGAUCGCUGCGGGAUGAUGUUUUUACAGAAGAGGCAGGAUUUCCCGAUAAGCCAAAUUAA